CGUAACACUUUAAACUCUAAAAAAUUUUUAAAGGUAACAAGAUUAUGUGAUCUUUCAUCGGAUGGAAAUGCAGUAACUUCGGUUGCGUGGAGUGAGCGAGGCCAUCUAGUUGCGGUCGGUACGCAUCACGGCUAUGUUACUGUAUGGGACGUUGCAGUCAAUAAACAAGUAAAUAAGCUUGUGGGACACUCGGCAAGAGUCGGAGCCCUGGCAUGGAAUGGAGACGUGCUUAGUUCGGGUAGUAGGGACAGACUUAUUCUUCAAAGAGAUACGAGGACGCCAGGUACUGUCCCCGAACGUCGGCUUGUAGGUCAUCGGCAAGAAGUGUGCGGAUUAAAGUGGUCCCCUGAUAAUCAGUAUUUGGCAUCUGGCGGCAACGAUAAUCGUCUGUAUGUCUGGAACAUGCAGUCCUUAUCUCCCGUACAAACGUAUACAGAUCACUGUGCCGCCGUCAAAGCUAUUGCUUGGUCCCCACAUCAUCAUGGCCUUUUAGCGUCCGGAGGUGGAACAGCUGACCGCUGUAUCCGAUUCUGGAAUACGUUAACGGGACAACCCAUGCAGUGUGUUGAUACUGGAUCACAAGUAUGUAAUUUGGCAUGGUCAAAACACAGUUCGGAACUAGUUUCCACGCAUGGUUAUUCUCAAAACCAAAUCCUAGUAUGGAAAUAUCCGAGUUUAACACAAGUUGCGAAACUGACAGGUCAUUCAUAUCGCGUACUUUACUUGGCCCUGUCCCCUGACGGAGAAGCGAUAGUGACCGGAGCGGGAGACGAAACGCUAAGAUUUUGGAACGUCUUCAGUAAAGCGCGGUCUCAGAAGGAAACCCGAUCUGUGUUGAGCUUGUACACGGGCAUUCGUUAAACUUUAGUUCAGUGGAAUACUAUAAAUUGUCUGAUGUUAAUUUCAGGAAGAAAAUAAUUUAUUUGAUGUUUUUAACUUCUAUUUUAGAAAAACUGCGUCUGAAAAAUAGUGCUUCUGCAAGUGUUUCUUGCGGUAUAAAUCAUUGUAUAUAUUUAUAGCUAUUGAGAAUUUAUAUGUAUUAACAUAUAGUGAACUUUUAUUGAAUUAUUUUACAGAAUUAUGUACAUGAAUAUAUGUAUGUAUGAUUUAUAUAAGACGGUGUACGUUUUUGUACAUGACUAAAUAUUUACUUGUGAUGUUUUUGUGUUCAAAUUUUUAGUUUCUACAAGAGAGGACAAAUGAUUUUAAAUUUUUAUUAAGUACAAGUUUUAGGGUUUGG